AUGCUGCUAUUUGACCAUAGGAUUGGUGGUAUUAUUGGACGAAGCAGCAGAAGCAGCAGCGUAGUCCUAAUAGUCACUGUUUGGAUUAUUAUUAUUAUUAUUAUUGGUACCAUUGCCGCCACCACCACUUUGACAUAUGAUGGUCUGUCAGGAACCAAAUCCAAGGGUGUUGUUGCUCAUUCCAAUGCGACAAUUGAUGAUGAUAGUCGUAUGGUUAUUGAUCGGACAGGCACCAAAUCCAAAACUGUGGUUGCUGAUUUCAAACCGGCCACUGAUAAUAACAAUAAUAAUAAUACUGAUCCUCUUUACAGUCCAGAAUCUGACAUGUGUCUGGAGGCCAAGCUUCCGUGGGACGACCACAACAACAAUCGGGACAAGGUCACCAAGAUGGAAUGUCGAUUACACCCUUGUCAAGAAGAGGCAGCAGUCAAGCCAAUAAGCCAAACGGCAACUAAGGACAACGAAGACGACCGCCGAUUCCAACAACGUGGUUUUGCCAUUCGCUAUCCAAACAACUUUGCACUGUCCAAAAAUCACUUGUCCAUGCGAGUUGCUGGAGAGGCCCGAUCCGGGAGUGGCUGUGCCAUGUCACGAGAAUACGGAUUCUUGUUUGUUCACAAUCUAAAAGUGGGAGGAACGAAUACCAAAACCUUUUUGAAAGAAGCAUUGUGUCCUUCGAACGUGACGAAGAUUAAUGAUAUCACGGAUCACAACCAAACCAAGUCCCAGCGAAGGAAGGCUCACUUUCACUGUAGUCGAGGUGAAUGGAUGCUUCAAAUUAUUGGAUGCAAGCGAGGUUUACAAGAAGCCAAGGCAAAAUCCUAUCUUAUUUGGUCCUUUGUGAGAAACCCCUUUGCCAGACUCUAUAGUGGCUAUGCCAUGGCCGAAGGCAUGUUUUUGAAAAAGAAUCCAAAUGCUUCUUCCUUUCCAUCCUUCAAGGACUUUGCUCUGGCGACCAACAGGAAGCGAGAACACAUGAGUCCGACCAGCAUCAGUCAUUAUGUGCCACAGUCUCACUUUUUGGCCGACGUCAAUGGAUGUCCCCUCGUGAAUUACGUGGGUCGAUUGGAAUCGUACGAAGCCGACUUGUUGCGAGUGAUUCAUUUUGUCGAAGAGAAACGACGCGAUCGACACCAUCGUACAAGUCCAACAGCGCAAAUGAAUAAUACUAUUUCAGAAGCAAAGCUACAGCAGAGAAGUACUACCUUUCUUUUAGAUUACUACCACAAAGUGAUGGUUGGACCCAGCGCCAAUGGCAAGAUUCAAGUCGGAAAAGGAACUGCUUACGGCAAACGAAGAAAAGAGAGGACGAAUGGUGGGAGUACCACCAAUAAUGGAUUUCACGCAGCCUACAAUGAUAAUCAAGUUGUACAGCACGUAGUCGAGGAAUACAAAUCUGACUUUGAUCUAUUUGGCUACCAGUACAGUACCAACACUGCCCCAGGAGUGGGAUGA